AUGUUGGGCUCGUGGUUUAGAGCGGCGCCGGCUCCGGGGUGCUGGGCUCGAAGGGUAACAGUGCGGCAGUGGUGCUCUUCUCAAAGGGUAGCAACGCGGCGGCAGUACUCCACGAUUAAGAAAGACCGGACGGCCAAGGAGCCGAAAGAUGUGAAGCCAACUUUGGGACGACCGGGGAAUAACCUGAAAAUGGGGAUCUGCGGGCUCCCAAACACCGGCAAGUCCUCUUUCUUCAAUGCGCUCACGAAUAGCGCGGUACCUGCCGAGAAUUUCCCAUUUUGCACGAUAAACCCUAACGAGGCGCGCGUAGCCGUUCCCGACGAACGGCUCGAUUGGCUAGUGGACUUCUAUAAACCGGCAUCCACGAUCCCGGCAUAUUUGAGUGUCACGGAUAUCGCCGGCCUGAUCAAAGGGGCAGCCGAGGGCCUUGGUCUGGGCAACGCCUUUCUGAGCAACAUUCAGCAAGUGGACGGACUGUUCCACCUCUGCCGCGGAUUCGACUCCAGCGAUGUGCUCCACGUCGAAGGUCGGAUAGACCCCAUUUCGGACCUAAUAAUCAUUCAAGAGGAGUUGAGAUUGAAGGAUGCCGACUCGCUGAACAGAUUGCUGGAAUUAAAGAAGAAGGAAUCUGCCAGAGCUGGGAAGAAUAGUGCGAAAAAGAUGGAGGAGUUGGAUGUCUUGCAUAAAGUCCACGAGUGGGUGGUUGGACAGAAGAAGGAAGUUCGCUCCGGCAACUGGAGUGAUGAGGAAAUCGAGGUUAUCAACUCCCUUCAUCUUCUGACCGCAAAGCCGGCGGUGUUCCUGUGCAACAUAUCAGAGAAAGAUUUCAUACGAAUGUCAAACCCGUGGAUGCCAGUCCUCAAAGGCUACCUUGGGCAAAACCAUCCGGACGAUCUGCUGAUUCCUUUCUCGGGGGAAUUGGAAACAACACUAGCAGCAAUGAAUAAAAUACAACAAAAUACCUAUUUGACGGCGCUCUCCAACAAAUACGAUGCACCAAAAUUGGCGAAAUCGGCCUUGCCCGACAUCACGUUCGCGGGCUAUGACGCGCUGAAUCUGCAAUACUUCUUUACCGGGGGCCCCGAUGAGGUCCGCGCAUGGACGAUAAGAGCAAACACCAAAGCACCUCAAGCGGCUAGCGUUAUACAUUCAGAUUUGGAGAAAUCAUUUGUGUUGGCCGAAGUCAUGAGCUACGACGAUUUGCGAUCGUAUGGCUCGGAAGCUUCGGUGAAGAAUGCUGGGAAGUAUGUGCAGAAAGGAAGGGAUUACGUUGUGCAAGACGGUGACAUUAUUUGUAAGUAG